AUGACUAUUCCAGUUCACAAGCAUAUGAGGGAAGCUAGCCUUUGCAAAGGGUUCGGUUCGACAUUGAUCAGACCCUCCUUGAAGUGGUUAACUAGCCUACCAAAUGGAUGCAUCACCUCUUUCGCUCAUCUCGACAACAUGUUUAAUCAGCAGUUCGCUAGCAGCAGAUGCUUGGAGAAGCAGACGAGCGACCUGUACCGUGUGGUCCAACGCCCUGACGAACCUCUAAAGGACUACAUAGCUCAGUUCAUCAGAGAGAAGGUAACUGUACCAGAAUGUGACGUUCCGACAGCGAUCGAAGCGUUCAGACAAGGAUUGUAUGGCGAAACCGAUCUUUGGAGGGAUCUGAUCAAAUACCCCUGCAAGACGUUUGAGGACGCUCAAGCCAAAGCAAUGGCCCAAGUAAGGUUGGAAGAAACUCUCUAUUCCAGGAAAGGAACCAAUGACUACACCAAGACGGAGAGGCGAUUGCCCUACCCCAAGAGAAACAGUGAUCGUCCUGCCCCUUAUUCCCGACCUCAAUAUAUGGGGAAAGCAGUGCAGUGGCCACCAAAGUCCAGUAUCCCCGAAUCAAAGAAGGAUCCCUCAAAAUGGUGUGAUUUCCACGCCGACAUCGGUCAUACAACCAACGACUGCGUUGCAUUAAGGAGAGAAGUAGCUUACCUAUUGAAGAACGGAUACCUCAAAGACGUCAUGUCAGAUAAAGCCCGUGGCGUCGUCAACAAAGACAACUCUAACUCGAAGAGGCAUGCUCGAGAAAACGAGAUAGACAGACUGGCCCGGGCCGUAGCCGCGAAGUAUCUAACCCCUAUAUCUUUUGAUGAAUCUGAUGCAGGGGACAUCUAG